GAGUUUAUGAAAGUUGGAAACAUGAAUGCUGAUACACAAAUCUGUGACGAUACGAGCAGGAGCGUGUUCGAGAGCGAGGAGGAAGAACUAGUCGGUCAAGCGGAGGCAUGGAAAUACACGUUUGCGUUUGUGGAGUCUUUGGCGGUAAAGUCUGUCGUUCUGCUCGGAAUCCCAGACAUCAUUGCGCGCCGCGGCCCCAAAGCAACGCUUUCCCUCUCCCUAAUCGCGGCAGAGCUUCCCACCCAAAAUCCCGACGUCAAUUGCCUCUUCAGAAUCCUGCGCUUCCUCGUUGCCAAGAAUUUUUUCAGGGCCGAAACGAGUGGCGGCGUAAAUGAAGUGAGAUACGGCCUAACGCCUGCUUCUAAGUGGAUGCUAAAAGACGGCGCGGGGGCAUCCUCGCUCUCCAUGGCCGCCUGGCUGCUUAUGCUCAACGACGUCAGGAGCGUGGCGCCGUGGCACCAUUUCAACGAGUGCGUCCUCAAUGGCGGCGUGGCCUUCGAGAAGGCUCACGGCCUGCAUCUUUGGGACUACGGUGCGUCGCAUCCUGAGUACAGCCAUCUUUUCAACCAAGCCAUGGCCUGCAACGCCAACAUCGUGAUGAGGGCCAUCUUGUCUAAAUACGAGGGGUUUCAGGGCUUGAAUUCCUUGGUGGACGUUGGAGGGGGCAUCGGAGCGACAGUCGCAGAGAUUGUGAAGGCCCAUCCAACUAUUAACGGCAUCAACUACGAUCUCCCCCACGUCAUAGCCACAGCUCCUCAUUUUCCAGGGGUAAAACAUGUUGGAGGAGAUAUGUUCAAAGAGGUGCCAUCCGCAGACGCUGUAUUCAUCCAGUGGGUAUUGCAUGAUUGGGGAGACGAGGACUGCGUGAAGAUUCUGAAGCAAUGCAGAAAGGCGAUUCCAGAAAGAGGGAAGGUGAUCAUUGUGGAUGCAGUUCUGAACGCCCGAGAGAAGACAGCGCUGGAUCCUUGUUUGGGUCUUGUGUUUGAUCUGGUAAUGAUUGCGUUCAGCUCUGGUGGGAAAGAGAGAACGGAAGAGGAGUGGAAGAAUGUUUUAAUGGAAGCAGGAUUUCCUCGUUUCAAUUUUAUAGCCAUACCGGCAUUGCAGUCUGUGAUUGAAGCUUUUCCUUAUUAGCCGCUUUGUGUAUGUAUGUACAUUGAAAGUCGUUGCCUCACUUAUCAAUGUUGCGUUUGCACAGAACCCCACCAUGGUGAUACUACAAAUUCUAAGCGCAGUUUCCACAGAAUAUAUUGCCGUAGCUUAAGGAAGAAAUGGUUGUAAAAACGAUGUGCGGAAGGUAGUCAAAGCACGUGAAGUGUUGUGGGAGAAAAGCGAGGGAUACAUUUGUCCUGAAAGAAGACUUUUUCGCAUUAUGUUGUUUUCUAUAAUAAAAAUAAAUUCUUCACUACUUGUUAUUUGAAAAUGUUUUAUUUUGGACCCAAUAAUAAAGAGGGCUUUGCUUCUCAAUAUU